AUGCAUCGGGGACGAAGUCGAUCGCGAAGACUGAUCGCUUGCGUCGCCGCUUGCGGCGUCGCGCUCGCGGCCUUGGGCGCGGGCGCCGUUGAGGAAUUUGAAGAUGAGAAGGAUUUGUUAGAGUUUGUCCAGGAUUCGCGCACGGAAGCGCUGGCGGUGCUAGGGAUGUUCCGCCGAGGCGAAGUUGACAAGGAAGCGAUGGAGGCGUUCACUGAUGCUGAGCACACAUUUCGAGCGUACGGACACGCUGAUGUUACGUUCGGGCGAGUGACACGUCUGAAAAUGGAGCACAAUAAAUCUAAGGUGAUCGUACCGGCACCGCAUUACAUGGAUAGCGAUCACUUGACGGAGAUGAGCGCGCAACUUGAGCGCAACGUAUCGAACAUCGUUCGCUUCGCCUUCUUCACCCUUAUCCCCCCUUACGCGAGGUGGCCAGAAUUCCCCGACAAUAGGGGUACUGUGGACGAGGUUCAACGGGCAAAUUUACACGCGAAAAAUGACUUGCCAAAGGUGUUUGUCUUCAUGCUCAAGGAGUUUGCUGAUGACUAUGGAGUUCGACUUCACAAAACACUCGAGAAGGUUGGCGAGGCUCUGGCGGGCUACAUGGUGCUCAUUCACGUCGUUCCGCCGACAACAGAUAGCUUAAUCUACUUGCGAACCGCCGUUCAUCAGGGCGAAGAGCAGCAGUACAUGGACGUGCUCGCCGGGGGCAGGCUGGUGAUAAUUGGCUUCGAUCCGAUCAGUGGCGAACGUGACGCAGAGGGAAGGAUGAUUGAUAGUUUCAACGAGAAGACGUUGAUUACUUUCUGCAACAACUUUCUUGCGAUGCUUCCCGAAGACGCACAACAAGGUCGACUGCCGUUCCCUAUUAAACGGGCUGACAAGAGGGCGAAGAAUACAGUCGGUAUGGGUAAAUACGCAAAACUGAAAGAGAAGGCUGAAUUGUAG